CGUGUGGGUCACGUGACUGGGGGCGCGAGUCAGCUGAUGCGGGAGGGUUUGAAGCUGCACCGCGAGGGAGCGAGGCCGCAGUGACAGCGGCGGGCGUUCGGACCCCGGCUGCGCCGCGGCGCUCGCCCGCGUCCGGUGCUACUCGCUCCGGCAUGGCAGUCCCCGUAGGCCCGCGCGGCUCAGAGACUGAGCACCUCCUGACACCCAGCCCUGGGUAUGGGACCCAAGCGGGAGCUUCCCCAGCCCCUGAGACCCCUCCAGAAGAGGAAGACCUCCGCCGGCGGCUCAAGUACUUCUUCAUGAGUCCCUGUGACAAAUUUCGGGCCAAGGGCCGCAAGCCCUUCAAGCUCAUGCUGCAAGUGGUGAAGAUCUUGGUGGUCACUGUGCAGCUCAUCCUGUUUGGGCUCAGCAACCAGCUGGCAGUGACCUUCCGAGAGGAGAACACCAUCGCCUUCCGGCACCUCUUCCUGCUGGGCUACUCGGACGGGGCUGAUGACACCUUCGCAGCCUACACACGGGAGCAGCUGUACCAGUCCAUCUUCUAUGCCGUGGACCAGUACCUGCUGCUCCCUGACAUGUCACUGGGCCGGUAUGCCUAUGUGCGGGGCGGGGGUGGCCCCUGGGCCAAUGGCUCGGCCCUGGCCCUCUGCCAGUGCUACUACCACCGAGGCCAUGUGGACCCAGCCAACGACACCUUUGACAUCGACCCGAUGGUCGUCACUGAUUGUAUCCGGGUGGACCCCCCCGAGAGACCCCCUGUGCCCCCCAGUGAUGAUCUUGGCCUCUCGGAUGGCAGCACCAGUUACAAGAACCUCACGCUCAAAUUCCACAAGUACUGCCCAAUCAAGGGGGUGGAGGGUGGGGGGAGGCAGGACCACAGGCACCUUCAGUGGGGCAGGAUCACCCCCCCCUUCCCAAGGGCGGCCACUUCCCCACAGGCGGGGGCAGGGUCGGCCUCGCUGAUGCUGCCAAGUGAGCACUUCCUCUGCCAGCUGCAGAGUCAGCACGGGGCUGAGGGCUGGCCCUUGGGGGCUGCAGGGUCAGGCAGAGCCCCCUCCCCCUCACCCAAGCCUCCCCCCAGGCUGAUCAACGUCACCAUCCACUUCCAGCUGAAGACCAUUAACCUCCAGAGCCUGAUCAACAAUGAAAUCCCUGACUGCUACACCUUCAGCAUCCUGAUCACAUUUGACAAUAAGGCACACAGUGGGCGUGUCCCCAUCAGCCUGGAGACCCAGGCCCACAUCCAGGAGUGUAAGCACCCCAGCGUCUUCGGCCAUGGAGACAACAGCUUCCGGCUCCUGUUUGAUGUCGUCGUUAUCCUCACCUGCUCCUUCUCCUUCCUGCUGUGUGCCCGCUCGCUGCUCCGAGGCUUCCUGCUGCAGAACGUGAGAGACACCCCUAUCCUCACCCAGCUCUGGGAUAACCUGUACCCAGGACCUGACCACCCUUCUCCCCCCCCCCCCCGUAACCUCCCCCCACAGGAGUUUGUCAGGUUCAUCAGGCGGAAGCGGGGUCGGGUCGUCAGCCUGUGGGAGCGGCUGGAAUUUGUCAACGGCUGGUACAUCUUGCUGGUCACUAGUGAUGUGCUCACCAUCUCAGGCACCAUCAUGAAGAUUGGCAUCGAAGCUAAGAACCUGGCAAGUUACGAUGUCUGCAGCAUCCUCCUGGGCACCUCGACACUGCUCGUCUGGGUCGGCGUCAUCCGCUACCUGACCUUCUUCCAUAAGUACAAUAUCCUCAUCGCCACACUGCGAGUGGCCCUGCCCAGCGUCAUGCGCUUCUGCUGCUGUGUGGCUGUCAUCUACCUGGGCUAUUGCUUCUGUGGCUGGAUCGUGUUGGGGCCCUACCAUGUGAAGUUCCGCUCGCUGUCCAUGGUGUCCGAGUGCCUGUUUUCACUCAUCAACGGGGACGACAUGUUCGUGACAUUUGCAGCGAUGCAGGCCCAGCAGGGUCGCAGCAGCCUGGUCUGGCUCUUCUCCCAGCUCUACCUGUACUCCUUCAUCAGCCUCUUCAUCUACAUGGUGCUUAGCCUCUUCAUCGCGCUCAUCACUGGGGCCUACGACACCAUCAAGCACCCGGGCGGAACAGGCGCGGAGGAGAGUGAACUCCAGGCCUACAUUGCACAGUGCCAGGACAGCCCCACCUCCGGCAAAUUCCGUCGCGGGAGCGGCUCUGCCUGCAGCCUCCUCUGCUGCUGCGGCCGAGAUGCUUCGGAGGAGCAUUCGCUGCUGGUGAAUUGACUGGGACCAGACUGCAGCUGGACAUUAGCCCCCGGACUGCGGAGACCCAUGCUUAUUUAUUUUUAGCCUUUGCUUUUAAGGAUCGGCCCCCGACUGUGCCCUGUGAGGGCCUGGGACAGUCGGGUCGGACAUUAGAGUGGGACUGGGGUAGGGUGAGUGUUAAAUAAACGGGAAAAUAAA